GUCCAGUAUGCCUGCCAUAAUGUUCGCCGUAGAUGCGGCCAAAUAUCUCUCGCUCGGACAAUUGAUUCGGACAUCUCUUAGCUUCGGAGGAGAAGCUGGAGAGUGUCACCGAUCACGUUAAGUAUGAAACGUCUUCAUUCGUGACCUGCUAUACUCUGGGAAAUACCCUGGCCAUCUAGAUUCAACCGCCGAGUCUAAGGAGGAGUCCAAUAUCAGCGAGGUGACAAUGGAGUCGUCAGCCCAUGUAUCUCCCUGCGUACAGCAUCUCGUCGGCGCAGUCGCAAUCGUCACGGGAGGCUCCAACGGCAUCGGAGCACAGACGGUCAAACUCCUCUCUUCUCAUGGAUCGAAUGUGAUCAUAGCAGACCUCGAGUCCACAGCUGGGGACGCUAAAGUGCUCAUUGCCUCCCUGUCGCAUCCCCAGAAUGCCAUUUUCUUGCCCACGAAUAUCCUCAACUGGCAAGAAAUGAAGCUCCUGUUCAAGCGAACGAUCGAACGCUUUGGGCGUGUAGACAUUGUCAUCGCCAAUGCAGGGAUAAUGGAAAGCAAAAGCGUGUUUGACCUGGCAGCGGUCGACGACGAAGGAGAAUUGCAGGAAUCAGUCGAAGGGGGUAGAGUGUUGGACGUCAACCUCAAAGGUACACUCAACACAUUGAGGCUGGCGUUGUAUCAUAUGCAACGAAAUAAGCCGCGUUUCCAGAAUUCGUCUCGAGGGUCCAUCGUUCUCGUCACUUCAACCUCCGGAUAUUUUGGCAGCAGUGGUGUGGGGGCUUACGUCGCCUCCAAACACGGUCUGGUUGGCCUUCUUCGGUCAUGCCAACUGACUGCCCAGGCAAUCGGCGUGAAUGUGAAUGCCGUGGCACCAUUCUACACCCCGACCCCAACGUUCUCCAAGCUGUCAGAGAAAUGGGGAGCUUCUGGCCUGAAGGCGAAUACCGUUGACGAUGUCGCAAAUGCAGUCGUCCAGACAUGCCUAGCCUCUGCUAGUGGAAGAUGUGUUCUUGUUGCUGGAGGGUUAACGCGAGAGAUGGAAGCAAGCAGGGCCAGACUGAUAUCUGCGUGGCUUGGUGAAGACAUCGCCGAGCUUCUUCAAUCUGCUGGGAAAUUGUUCGCUGAAGGAGGCUAUCCCCUUCCAGAGAGGAGAACCGAAGCAUCCGUGUAGUCUUCGCUCCUGGGUCGCUGCUGCCGCAUUGAGGCCCGAUGCUUGUCAUCCCGUACCCAAUCCUACUGUGAGUGAGCUUGGAGGGAC